AACACACACAACGAAUCACCAUUGAAAUACAUGAAAACAAUAGGAAAGAACAACAACUAUUCUAUACCAGCUCAAGGGGAAGAAGUUGCAGGUGGAGGAAAGAACGGGAGCGACGGAAGUGUAGUCGGGAUCGAUGGAAGGGAUGGCAAGGUUGGAAGCGAAGAUGACGGUAACGGAGGCAAGGCUGCUCCGGCCGGGAUGUUCAUCGGGGAGCUUGGAAGUGGAGGAAGUGUGGGCUUAGAGAGCGAUGGAAUACUCGAUCCGGUUGUUGGGUUUGGCAAUAUGGGCGAUGCAGGAAGAGGGGGUAGCGCAGAUGGGUUAGGAAGCGAUGGCAUUGGUGGUAGAGUUGGGAGCGAAGGCGGAGCAGUCUGCAGAAGAUGUCGAGUGGCUCGACUAGCGUAG